CGGCCCGUUUUAAUUCCGCUUCCGGUCAGACGGAGGAGUCUCUUAGCUGAGGUCACAUUGAGCUGCGAGCGGCUUCAGGGGCGUCUUUAGGUGAGUGCCGAGGGUUCGGGUGCCCGGCAUCCCAUCCUGGGGGACUGAGGAACCGGAUCCUAGCUUCCCCGAGAACGAGGUGAGGUUUCCGGACGGCGGCGUUCGGCCUCCUGCGGGGGCCUGGGGUUCUGGUGGGAAUCAGCAACAUGGCAGAAGACAUCAAGACCAAAAUCAAGAACUACCGGACUGCUCCUUUCGACAGCCGCUUCCCCAACCAGAACCAGACCAGGAACUGUUGGCAGAACUACCUUGACUUCCACCGCUGUGAGAAGGCAAUGACUGCUAAAGGGGGUGAUGUCUCUGUGUGUGAAUGGUACCGGCGUGUGUACAAGUCCCUGUGUCCCAUAUCCUGGGUUUCAGCCUGGGAUGACCGCCGGGUAGAAGGCACGUUUCCUGGGAAGAUCUGAACUGGGCAUCCUCCAUCCUUUUCCCAGGGGCGUGAAGGGGGGCCUGGGUACAUCCCACCCUAGAAUCCUGAAUCAUGGCUUAACUAAUAAUAAAUACUUGUUGGAAAAAUGUAA